AUGUCGGAGCUGAAAGAGCAGGUUAUGGCUACACAAGAGGCGCUGCGGGCGAUCCAGGAGUCGCUGAAGCAGCUGCAGAUCGCGCCCGGCGCGGACGACGCGUCGGGCGCGGACGAGGAGGAUGGGCUGGAGAAGUGGGCACGGAGAUUCGUGGACUUCACGUACAAGAACCCGACCACGCACCACGUGGUGGCACACUACGCGGGGCGGCUGGAGGCGGCCGGGUUCCGGCGGCUGGACGAGCGCGAUGAGUGGGAGCUGCCGGCGGAGGGCCGCUUCUUCACGGUGCGCAACGGGACCAGCCUGGCGGCGUUUGUCGUGGGACGUGACUGGAAGGCGACGGACGGCGUCGGCGUGAUCGCGACGCACUGCGACGCGCUGGCGGCCAAGGUGCGGCCGGUGUCCGCGCGGCCGGCAGUGGACGGCUACGAGCUGCUGGGCGUGGCGCCGUACGCGGGCGCGCUAAGCCCCGUGUGGCUGGACCGUGACCUGGGCAUCGGCGGCCGCGUGCUGGUGCGCGAGGCCGACUCGGACCGCGUGCGCAGCCGCCUGGUCGACUCGACGCCGCACCCCGUUGCGCGCAUCUCCACGCUGGCGCCGCACUUCGGCGCUGUGGCCACCGGGCCGCUCGACCCGGAGACGCAGAUGGUGCCGGUGAUCGGCUAUGGUGGCGCGGACGCUGAGGCCAGCGCUGCGGAGCGCGCCGCGCCGCUCUUCGGCAAGCACCCACUGCCGCUGCUGCGCUACGUCGCGCGGCUCGCGGGCGUCGAGGUUGCGCAGCUCGUGCAGCUGGACCUGGAUCUGUUCGACGUGCAGCGCGGCUCGCUCGGUGGCCUGCGCAACGACUUCCUGUUCGCGCCGCGCCUCGACGACCGCCUGUGCUCGUUUGCCGCCAUGGAGGCGCUGCUCGCCGCGCCCGCGCCCGCGCCCGCGGCCUUCGACGCCGUGGUCUUCUUCGACAACGAGGAGAUCGGCUCGCGCACGCGCCAGGGCGCCGCCGGCGGCCUCCUCGGCGCCAUCGCCGCGCGCGUGCUGCGCGCCCGCGGCGCCGACCCUGCCGCCCUGCCCACCCUCUUCGCCAACUCCGUCGUGCUCUCCGCAGACGUCACCCACCUGCUCAACCCCUCCUUCUGCGACCAGUACCUCGACGGUCACAAGCCCGUGCCCAACGCCGGCCUGGCCCUCGCCCUGGACGAAAACGGCCACAUGGCCACCGACUCCGUCGGCACCGCCUUCGCCCACGACCUCGCCGCGGCCGCCGGCGCGCCCCUCCAGUACUUCCACAUUCGCAACGGCGCCCGCUCCGGCGGCACCGUCGGCCCCAUCCUCUCCGCCGCCACCGGCGCGCGCACCAUCGACCUUGGCAUCCCGCAGCUCUCCAUGCACAGCAUCCGCGCCGCGGCCGGGUCACGUGACCUGGGCCUCGCCAUUCGCUUUUUCGCCGGCUUUCUGGCCGAUUGGCGCGCCGUGUACGACCGCUUCCGCGGCCUAUGA